UAAUGAAAAACGUACCGAAAUAGCUAUUAUUAGCCCAAAUUGGUUUAAACCUUCCUUCAAAAGAACUAAAUAUAAGGUAUGAUAAUUAUAAAAAACAAAAGAUACAAAUUUAAAACUUAAAACGUCAGAUAAGAAUGAGCUACUUACAGCAAAAACCAAAGAAAGAAAUGUCAACAUUAGAACACGGUAGCUUCAAGGUAGUGUUGAGAGAGUUGGACUUAACAGUUAUAUACAAUAUAUAAAAUAAAAUAAAAAUAGAGCAAAUCAAGUCGAAUACGAACGAUUCGAGUUUAAUCAUUUAUUUAUUUAUUUUAGUUUUAUACAGGACUAUUCUGACUCACAGUGUCCUCAGACUCGGAGAAGAAUGUCCAGGAAUUUCAUCAUCAGGGGGGAAAUAAAAAAAAAAACGCUCUUCGUGUUGUUGUGGUGACUAACAGCAGGGGCUCCAGUGUUGGUCAGUGUGUUUGUGUUUCACGUCAUUCAUGAGUAAAAAAGCUCCACCUUUGGCAUUAGGCUCAGGCAGCAUCUGUGCUCUGCAGUGACGGCACAGUCAGGAGCCUCCGCCGGUCCCUGAACAUCACAUCCCGUUUCUUCUUCUUCUUCUUCUUCUUCUGCUGCUGCUGCUGCUUCUUCUUCUUCUUCUUCUCCUCCUUAUUUUUUUCUUCUCCUCAAUCUGGCGUCUCUCCUCCUGACCAUGAUUCCUCUGCUCUGUGACGGAAACGACAGUGUUGUGCAGUCACCCGCAGCCGCAGCUAUGUCUAGUAUGGAACGCUGCUGAGUGAGGACAGGACUAACGGACUAGAGGACAGGAAAACCCGGAGGACAGGAUGCCUGCAGGCGGCGCAGACUCGUUGAAACCCAGCGCCUUCGUCCCGGUGUGUACCGCCGCCUGUCUCCUGGUCGGAUCGUCUUCUCUCUUCUUCGUCUUCACAUGCCCGUGGUUGGCGGUGACCGUCUGCCCCGCCGUGCCGCCCUGCUGUGCCGUCCUCUUCCUUUUUGUUCUCGCCAACUUCACUAUGGCAACCUUCAUGGACGCGGGAGUUCUCCCAAUAGCCAAUGAGGACGAGGACAAGGACGAUGAGUUUCGAGCGCCACUGUACAAGAACGUCGACGUGAGGGGCGUCCAGGUGCGGAUGAAGUGGUGUGCUUCCUGUCAUUUCUACCGACCGCCGCGCUGCUCCCACUGCAGCAUCUGUGACCACUGUGUGGAGGACUUUGACCACCACUGUCCCUGGGUGAACAACUGCAUCGGGAGGCGUAACUACCGCUACUUCUUCCUGUUCCUGUUGUCGCUGACGUGUCACAUGGUCCUCGUCUUCACAUUCGGCCUCAUAUACGUCCUGAACCACAUGGACCAACUGUGGAAGCUGCACUGCACUGUCACUUUGGUCGUGAUCAGUAUCUCAGGAUUAUUCCUGAUCCCUGUCCUGGGUCUGACUGGGUUCCAUCUGUACCUGGUGUCCAGGGGGCGCACCACAAAUGAACAGGUGACGGGGAAGUUCCAGGGCGGAGUUAACCCUUUCACCCGUGGAUGCUGCAACAACCUGGAGUACCUGGUCUGCAGCCCCAUCUCUCCAAUGUAACAGCAAACCUCCAGAUCUUUGUUGUAGUUUCACAGGGAGACCGUGAAAGAACGAGUGUUGAUUCUUAUCCAAACCCCGUUCCUGAGACCAGGACUGGACAGGCCGAUGUCAGAGAAAGUCGGCGACAAUGGGAUCCAGAGUCCAAACUUUCACACUAAACAAUCCUCAGUCAGAGCGGUGAACCUGCCGGACACGAAGCACCAGACGUCAGGUCCACCGCCGCUGCCGCCCAAACCAGAACAAAGCCUGAGGAAGAGCCACCUGACAGAUGACCUGGGACAUUUGACCAAAUCCAUCAUCCCCGUUUCCAUUCCCACUGUGCCACAGCUAAGACCGGUCCUGGAGGCUAUAUCCAGAGGAUCCUCUCCCAUUCCUCCAGAGCAGUUGCUGAAAGCGUCAGAGCAGCACGUGGUCCACCCGGGUCCUGACUCCUGCUCUGGGUCCAAGGAGAGUUCUCUGAGAGGCAGUCAGAGGACCAUCAACACCACCUCCCCCUCCACCUCCAACUCCACCUCCACCUCCCUGCUGCAGCUCAACUCUCUGACCCUCAGCUCCAGGUCUCUCACUCUCAAACACAGCAACCAGCACGGCAGCAAAACCCACCUGCCCACCAUCCACGCCGAGGACGGUCCUCUGGGCUCCACCUCCAGCUCCAGCCUGCUGCCUGGUCACAGCAGCAGCAGCAGCCGCAGCCGUUCUUAUUGCAGCAGCAGCAGCAGCAGCAGCCUUUCUUAUGACAACCUCAUCAACCCCACAGACCCUCAGCUUCUGCCUCAGAGAGCGCCCCCCUCCUCCUGUUACCACCCUCACUUCAUGACUCUGGGCCGGGACGGGACGGUGGGGCAGCGGCCAGCUCCUCCGUCCUACAGUCCCGUCUUCAUCGGUGUCAGCAGACAGUCUCCUCAACCGCGGGAGAUCUCACCUUCUCUGCAGGGUCUCACCUCCAGAGACGCAUCGCCGUCCUUCCAAGGUUUCAUCCAGAGAGACCUUUCCCCUAUCUUUCAGGGGCCGCUUCUGAGAGACCUGGCCUCCCACAGUGUCACCACACGAGAUGUCCCUCCACCUCCGGGACUGACCAUCCGGGACAUAGCUUCCCAGAGCCUGCGUGAUCUCGGACCACAGGGUUUGACGCCUCAGAAAUCUUCCGUCACUACGAGAUACGAUGGAUAUUCCAAAACCAUCAUGGCGUCCAUCCAAGAGAAACGGGAGAUGGAGGAGAGGGACAGGAUGCUGCGUCUCCAGGCCCGGUCUCAGGGGCUCUACGGCCCAGACAUCGGCAUCUACGACAUUCCCAACAGGAGGAGUCUUCCGCCGGACAACAUCCGACUUCCAGGUUCACGUGGUCCGACUCCUCCCGCCUACGGCUCCAGAGAGUUUCUCAUGAGCACGGGGCUCCACGGCUACGGGGCCAGAGCCUCGACCCUGUCCAGCUCGUCCACGUCCUCCCUGACUCGUGGACCAAAGACGUCCAGCUCUCCUCUGCAGAGCAGCAGCAGCAGCAGCCUGCAGAGCAAAGGCAGGUCCUCGUCCCCGGCCUACUGCCCUUUGGAGAGACAGAGCCAGCCUCUUCCUUCCUCUACAGCCACCCUGCCCCGGCUGCCUUCCUCCUCUGGCCCCUCCUACACUUCGUAUGCCACUGUGAAACGAACCUCCGUCAAGCACUCCUCAGAGGCGAAGGACUGCGUCACCCUGGGAGCUCUGAAGUGAAAAAACAACAACAACAACUCUCUGAGUACUUUAUUUUCAGAUGCUGUGAAUGAAUCAUCUAUGCAGUGUUAGCCUCCGUUUUCUCAGCUCCGUGAUCUUGUACAAAGAGAACCCACCUGAGUAUUCCUGCGUAGGAAGAGGAGGACGAACAAACUUAGACUCGUAUCUUUGAGUCGAUGGAAAUAAAAAGGCUAAUCUCAGGAUAGCUGCGGCUAACAGAGAUCGACUUCAUCUCUCUGUACUGUACGUGUUUUUUUUUAUAAUGUUUUAAAUAUUAAGAUUUAAGUUCAAGGUCAUAAAUCCUUCAGAGUACUUUGAUAUUUAUACAUCGUUUGAUAUUUGCUUUUGUGGAAUAUAAGACAUGACUGAAUCUGACUCCUGUUGUAAAAACAUCCCUAUUUAUAAAUCAUUUUGUAGUUGUUUAUAUGAAUAAACAGAUUUUGUAAUUUUCACGCAUUGUUUUAAUACAGUUUUUAAUUGGACGGUAUUUUUUAAAUAGUUGAGUAUGAGGUAUCCAAUGGGUUACAAACAAAUAAAUUUGAUUCCCUUCCAGCUCAGCAGGGGGCGCACCACAUUGGAAAUAAAGCCCUGCCUGACAGUGAUUUUCAACAGUUUUAGAUUGGAUCAUUUUUCUUUGUAUUUUUUUUACGUCACUGUUGUCUUUUAUCUUCUCUGCUUCAUCUUCAUUGAGUUGUAUUUAUUUAUUUAUUAUUUAUUUUUGACGUUUGACGAUAUUUAUAUUGACGUUUAUACUUUUCUACCAUCGAAACAUCACGGUAUAAAAGCUAAACAGCUACACCUACGUAAUUUAGUGCUUUUUAAAGUUACUUUAAAAAAAAUAUCAAUGAAUUUAAAUGGUAGAAAUAAAUACACUUGUUAGGUGAUCAGGGAAUUUUACACCAGGUUGCCAGGUCUCACCUAAGGACUAAAAUGUUUUGGGUUUUUUUUUUUUCAGAAGAAAAACAAAAUCUAAUGGAAAUGCAAAUCUACAGAGCCCCUAAAAGGACAUGGAAAAAAAUAACCAAACGAUACUUGUGAGCACCAGAAAGUAUCUCGUGCUCACUAACAUGGUUUCAUAUUUUUUUCCCAUGUUCCUUUAGGGGCUCCGUACAAAUAGAAACCCUUUACCAAACUUUAAGAAUUUCAAGUUCGGUUAAAAAUUUAAACAUUGCUCCGAUUUGUUUUUUCAAUUUCCAUUUCUUAGUUUUGAAAAACCUGGUUGAAUAAAUCUUUAAGAGACUCUUGGCGAUUUUUUGGACUUUUUUUUUGGUGUUCCGUACUGAUAAAUACAAUAACACUUCGAAAGUUUGCAAACACAACGAUACCGAAUAUGCUGUGAUAUCGCGUGAACCUGAAAAGAUAUAAAUGACUCAGAAAAUACAGCGGUGAAUAAAAUAUAAUGCAGUUAGCUAAUGUAACGUUCCUGCCACACGGAGUGGAAAACUAAUACACAUUAUCAGUCUUGAUUUAAACACGUCCAUCUCGCCCUUUAGUGCUUCCCCCUUCAACAGCGGUAAAGAUAGGGAUAAAGAUUACGCUCUUGUACAGAUGCUUUAUGGCGGUAGACUUUCAAAAGUGUUUUGGCAGAGGAGCCACAACACAAACAAACACUUGUUCUGCAGUGAUGACAGCUGGAAAAUGAGAUCGUAACGUCCCCGUGACUGUAAUACAUCAUUUUACUGAAACGCUGCACUCAUUUACUUUCUCUGCAAUGACAGUGACGACGAGGUCGAUUUGGGAAGGGCGCCCUCUAGUGCGCGGUGACGGGAUAGGCGUGGUGGUAAAGUUAGUGAGGCACAAAACAGCAAGACGUUAAAGGACCAACGCUCUGCGGUGUGAU